GGCAGCAAACUAGGAUGCGCGCUACUUAAGGUCUAGCUGCGUGAGCCAUUGACGUGUUUGGAGCUGGAGACUGCCCGGGCGCUGGCGAAGCGGUAGCCCGAGCCCCACUCGGCACUCUCGAAGGUCGAAGCAAGGUGUGUUCACCUGUGCCCGCCGUCCACCGUUGGACACACAGGAAGCAUCGCGGAAGGCAGCGAGGUCUCGGACUUGUAUCUCUCCGGUUUCUCCAUUCGAUUUCCCUGCCUCCCUCCGCUUGGUCUCUUUCCGCCUGGAAAACCUGCUCUUUCCCACAACAAAAGAAACUGGGCUAGGUGACCCUUGACUGAGAAGACCUCCACUUUUCAGGAGCUUGUGAGCAAGAAGACUGUUAGGAUGCCCCUGGUAGCACGGAGGCUGAGAGAUCCUGACAUAAAUCCUUGCUUGUCGGAAUCUGAUGCUUCUACGAGAUGUAUGGAUGAAAAUAACUAUGAUAGGGAAAGGUGUUCCACUUACUUCUUGAAGUACAAAAACUGCCGGAAAUUCUGGAAUUCUGUCAUGGUCAAGAGAAGAGAGAAUGGAGUGAAGCCACCUAUGCCUACAGCAGUAGAAAGAGAUGAAAUCUUGGGAGCAAUGGGAAAGAUGCCCUAUUGAAUGUUUGCAUUAAAAUUGUUUAUUGAAAAGCA